AUGUCUUUGGCAGAAUAUUUUCUUUGGAAAUAUAAUAUUAAAUUGGAGUAUCUUGACUUGCCUUGUAUUAAAUCGAACUCUUAUUUACCGCCAGGAAAGAAGCCUGAAGUUUUUCCUUUGGAAGUCUUAAAUGUUAUGGAGGAUCAGCGUGUUCCUCUUCAAAAAACUUCAUCUGAGUUGAUGGGACAAUUGCUUGUUGCUAAUUCUAUGCUUCCUGGUCAACGAAUGGACGCUAUUAAUAAAUUAGGAAUGGAUCUUGGCUUAUUUCACGAUAGAAAUCCUGUAUUAAAUGCUUUUGGUAUCUCAAUUGAUCAAAAAUCGAAUCGGGUUUUUUUGUUAUUUUUAUUUAAAAAAAUUUUUUUAAAGAUUGUUAUUGGUGUUCGUUCUUUGCCUCGUUUACGUUUCAAAAAUCGUGUUGUUGAGCCCGAUAGUCAAAAAGCUGAAUGGCGUAGAGAUGGAAGCCGUCUUCCAUAUUUACAGGCUAUGGGGCAAUUACACAAUUGGAUUAUUUUGUGUUCUAAUCGAGAUGGUGAACUUGCUGAUCGUUUUGCUAGAAUGUUGUUAGAUAUGGGGAGACAAAAGGGAAUGCAAUUAGCAGAACCUGAAAUCGUUCCUUUCAGUUGUUCGGAGAAUAAUGAUCGUGACUGGUCGAGUAAAUUCGAAAAAUGUGCUAGUAAUCGGAUUCAGUUUAUUAUGUUGAUAGAUAUGAAACGCAAUGACACUCAUGGAUUGUUGAAAUUAUACGAGGCAAUGUAUAAACCAAUUGUAACACAACAUGUUACGCUUGAGAAAGCUCGGGAUAUUGUCAAUAAAAAUCAACGUCAGACACUCGAAAAUGUUUUAAAUAAAAUGAAUAUGAAGAAUUUUGGCUUAAAUUAUCAACCACAAAUUGAAGAUAUUGGUAAACGUUUUGCUCUUGAAACUGGAAAAGUUUUGGUGAUUUGUGCAAAUAUGGCAGACAAUCCACACGCUUUUGUUGGCGAUUAUUUCUAUCAGGAAUCACGUCGUGAAGCAUUAGACAUGCGUCAAUUAGCUGAUCGAGUUUCUUGGAUUUUGCGUAAUUUAGAGCAACGACGAUCUGAACAUCGUCGUCCACCUUUUAUUUUUAUUAUACGUGAUGGGCUUUCUGAAGGGCAAUUUGCUAUGGCUUGUAAAGAAGAAUUGGAAGCUAUUCGUAUUGGAUGUAAAGAAUAUGAUCCUUCUUAUCGUCCACGUUUUUUACUUAUUGUCGGAACUAAGCGUCAUUUCAAAAAAUUCUUUAUCGAGAACGGACCUAGGCUAACUGACAGCGCUAACCUUCCACCAGGUUCGGUUAUUGAUCAACAAAUUGUGCGGGCUGAUUUGACUGAAUUUUAUAUGCAACCUCAUGUACCACUAAAGGUUGUUUUUUUAAUUUUUUGA